AUGGCGGGCAAGGCCAGGCAUGAAAACUCAAUGGAAACAAUACUAACGUUUGAUCGAGAUGUGCAAAGUAAUUGGUCGGUGGUGUGGUCCACGUCCCACAUCACGGACAUGGACAACGCGACAGCGCGGACGACGCGCGUGCGAGUGCGGGGUCGCCGGCGCAUGCGACUCGGCUCCCUCGCCCUCAGCGCACUGAUGACUAUGCACUGUCGAGUAUCAGCGUCAGCACUAACCAGCGGAUUCUUUUUUUUCAUGGUGUUCCUGAUAGUAGCUGUAGCAAGCCUUGCAAACCCACUGCGACAUUUCGAAAUUUACCUUGGACAAUGGAGCCUUAGUGGGCCUGGCCGUGCAUUCAGAAUUAUUCCCAUGCUAGACGGUAUUGGCAUAGCAAUGUGUAUAAAUGCUAUAGUGCGCGCCGUCACCUGCUGUUCCAUAGCUGCCAUAGCUGCGAUGUACGUGAUCCACUCGGUGGCCGAUGCCAAGCUGCCCUUUACUUAUUGCCGGGAUUAUGAUUUGAACUCGUAUGAACCAGAGUUAAAAGAAAUCAAACAGCUGUCAUACCACGGGCCUCGAUUCUCAAUAGGCUCUCCAACACAAGGGACUGAGGAUGCAAUAAGCACUAUGGACUUCUUCCAAAGGGCCUGGAGGAACGUUACCUUUACUGCUAAGAGAAACCCCCAAACGUAUAAAGUGAAAGUAUGCAACGAAACGUUUCCUGGAAAAUAUCCUGCUCUAUUCAGCACUCCUGCAUACAACUUUUUCUACGUGGAAGUGGUUCAAUAUCGCUCAGAGCAUGGUUUGGGUAAUUUCAACCUGCCACUCCUAGUGGUCCUGAUUUUUACAUGGCUUAUUUUAUGGUCCAUUAUGGUUGUAGAAAAACUAAGUUAUGGCCGACUAAUUUGGAACAACAUAAGGCCGUGGUUACUAAUCGUACCUUGGUUAUGGACUUUAUUGCUAGCAGGGACUGCUGCGUCUAACCUGACUUUAUACAAAACUAUAAGCAAAGCCUUCCGAGCCUUCGGUACUAAGCAAUUUGUAGCGGGUGUGGCAGAUGCUUUUGAAGUGGCACUUUAUAUACAUUCUGUAAGUGUUGGAACUGAGCUGAUACAUGGUAAAGGACUUAAUCGGUUUGCAAGUGGACAUGUAGACCCGUCAUUAAACUCGGAGAACGUGUGGCAUUCGUGCAUAGUGCUGAUGCUGACAGCGCUGCACUCGGCCACAGCGGCCAUGUGUGCACUCGUCGACUACGUGCAGUUCAAUCUAUUGGAAACUAACGACAUAUCCGAGAGUACGCUCUGGAUGUUACCUAUGUACUCCAAAUGCACAUCGUUGGGUAGCUACUCUCAUCUCGUGACAGCUCUAGUAUUUGGUGGUUUGAUGGUUUCAUACAUGACUGUUUCAUUUGUGUUGUUGAAAACAGCGCUGCAUACAAUAUUUGAAUACAGAGUAAAAUUUGUAUCAGUGGAACAAGGUGUUGUCGCUAUUCUCAUGUUAACCUGUAUGUGCCUCAGUUUAUUGGUUGCAACAAAUGGCGGCUUACCGUUGCUGGAGAGCUUAGACGCGUUAAUGACAGGAGUAGCGAUGCCGCUAGUGGUGCUACUGGAGCUAGUCAGUCUAAUGUACGUGUACCGCAGCCACGACUUCCAAUCAGACAUAAACCUUGCUACUGAAGAAAACACAUGCGCUUCACGCUUAGGAAUACAGUGGCAGAUCAUUCCUUUUCUUACAGCGGUCGCACUGGUAUUGAAACUAACGGUGCUAGCUAACGCCGAGCUGCCUUCACGAUCUAUGUGCUUAGCGGCAGUUCCGGUGGUCAUGACGAUACUAGCGCUGCCCCUGCGAGCCGCACACAACGCCUACAAGUUCCUGCACGCAUCGUCGCAACCUUCCACCUGACCACUUGUAUACAACAUCAUUAAAUAUGUACAUUUUA